AUUCGACUUGCCAUUAUUCGACACUCAGCGAGUAGAAUACACAGCAAGGUCAUAUUUCGAGUACGCAAAAUAGCGUCUUCAAUAAUGAACAAUUGGCACCAGGUUAACGAGCGAAGUAACAGAAGAUUUAGACGUAUAUGAGCGUCGUACUUUUUUCAAAAUUGUGUGUGGUGGUGAUUGAAUAUUACACGAAGUGGUCAUAUUACGCUACUCAAAAAACAACGUGCGUAUUCAGGGCUUAUCCAACGCAAUAUGGAAGGCGAAAGCUCUCAAGAAAAAUACUUGUGUUGGGCAGACUUUUCACAUCGGGAAAUAGUCGAGGGUCGUGCAAAGGGAAAUCGUCGUUCACUAUGGCUGCGGGCAAGAAUGCAGACAUUUCUAUUCAAGCUUGGCAAUUGCGCACAAAACCACAGCGUUCAAGUCGUCAUGAUUGGGUUGGUAGUUCUUGUCCUUUGCACACUUGGUUUGUACAAAGCAAGGCUUGAAACUAACGUGGAAAAUUUAUGGAUGGAGGUUGGCGGACGUCUGGAAAAAGAGUUAACAUACUCGAAAACAUAUGGUGACGAUUACACAUCGUACGAUAUAAUCAUUCAGACACCGAAAACUGAAGGACAAAGUAUCCUGACGGCAAAAGCUCUUUUAAAACACGUCGAAGUUGUUAAGAAAGCUAUGGAGGUCAAGGUUGAAGUUUUUGACCAAACGUGGUCGGUGCGAGAUUUAUGCUCUAAGCCAGCGAUGCCUGAAUUCAGUAACGUAAUUGAUAAGAUGCUUGAAAAAAUUAUUCCAUGUACUGUUAUCACACCACUGGAUUGUUUUUGGGAUGGAUCAAAGAUUUACUCACAAAACAUCACCACUGUCAUAAGUAAGAAAGCAAUCAACUGGACUACUUUUGAUCCAUUGGAAUUUGUAAAAAGUCUUCCAAGCGAUAUAACAGAUAAAAUGGACAAGAGUAAAAUGGAUUCAAUGUUGGAAGAGGCUGGAAUUUCCCAUGGUUACCUCGACAGACCGUGUUUAGAUCCCACGGAACCUGCAUGUCCAAAGUCAGCGCCGAAUAAAUCUAGCAAAAAGCCACCAGAUAUUGGUGCAGAACUUACUGGUGGCUGCACAGGCUUUGCAGAGAAAAUGAUGAUCUGGCCGGAAGAAAUCAUAGUCGGUGGCACAAAACGAAAUAGGAGUGGCAUCAUGAGAAGUGCUGGAGCCUUACAAACCAUCAUUAGUUUGAUGGGUGAAGAAGAACUGCAUAAUUGGUGGACGAUGAGCAAUGGAUAUUCCGGCAACGCAAAGAUUCAACAUUUAGGCAUGAAGUGGAAUGUCGAGGCCGCAAAGACCGUUCUUAACGCUUGGCAAAGAAAAUUUGUCCGAGUUGUAAAUGAAAUGUCUGAACCUGACAAUGUCAAACAGAACAUUUUGGCUUUCUCAACUACGUCUUUCAAUGAUCUCCUAAGGGACUUUUCUUCACCAAACCUAUCUCUGAUCAUUGGUGGAUACGUUCUCAUGAUUGCAUAUGCCUGUUUUACCAUGAUGCGUUCGAACGCCGUUCAAUCACAAGGCUGUAUGGGUAUUCUUGGUGUUUUAUUGGUGACCUUAUCUAUAGCAGCUGGCCUUGGUUUAUGCUCGUUUACUGGUAUCAGUUUCAACGCCGCAUCAACACAAGUUUUACCAUUUGUUAUACUGGGUGUUGGCGUUGAUGAUAUGUUCUUAUUAUCGCAUGCAUACAGAGAUCUCAACAGUAAAAAUCUCAGAUCCAGGGAGUAUUCUGGAUAUUGUUUGAGUACAACGGGAGUUAGCAUGAUGUUGACAAGUAUUACCAAUGCAGUUGCGUUCUUUUUGGCUGCAAUCAUCAUUGCCAUACCAGCAUUGAGAAAUUUGUGUAUAAUGGCUGGUGUUAUAAUUGUUUUCAAUUUUUUCUCCAUUGUACUCAUCUACCCUGCUAUGAUUGGUAUUGAUGUGAAACGACGAAAAGAUCAACGUUAUGAUAUCUUUUGCUGUGUGCGCAGAGACAGCGGCUCGAAUGUAACCAGAUUCCAAACAGAAACUCCUUCGUCAAUGACAACUUACAACCAAACUUCUUUAGAUGAAGAUUCGACUUUUCAUCAAAUUACAUCAUCCGCAAACGUUUCUUUUGGUCAGUCCGAUGCAUUUACAUUACCAGGUGUUGCUCUCAGAGCUUCAGCUAAUUGUAACAUAAAUGAACCAAUGUGCAACAUGCUUGGAGGAGAUAUCAAGCCUGGAAUAGUUGUUGUAUCAGUUACGUCAAGUGGUCAAAACAUUGAUGGAGACUCGUCGCAUAAAGCAAACGCUAGCGUUAAUGCAAACUAUGGGAGAGGCCGUACCUUUGAUAUAAAUGCCUCUAGCAGUUCAAGCAGUAGUAGCCGAACUAACAGCAGAAGAAUGCGGGGUGCCAUCCCUUCAAGAAUCAAUCAUGGUUGUACUACCAGCCAGGAUAAUAAACAAAGUAAAAAUGCACAGAGUUCAGUGAAUAUAGCAUUGGACCCAACCACUGUGACCGAUAAAAGCUCCAGUGGUAAAAGCAGACAUAAUAAUUCAAAGAUAGGUGCCAUGCAUGUGUCUGCUAACGCUACAGCGGAUUCUUUCGAGGGAGAAUCAUCAUGUUCGUCAAACGCUGAAGUCAUAUUGAAACCAGAAAACAUCCCGAGUUCUCGACAACGCAGCGUGGCAUGGCAAAGAACAAUAAAUUCAAAACUUAUUAAAGGUAUAACUCGUCUUAGCUUGGGACAUUUGACGAAAGAAUACUACGGACCUUUGAUACAAAAGCCAUUCGUAAAGGUUGUGAUUCUCUUCGUGUUCGCCAUAAUCUUCUCCAUCUCUGUUUAUGGCUGUACUCAAGUCAAAGACGGUGUGGAUAUGACUGACGUUGUACCAAAAGAUACAAAGCUUGCGGAAUUCUUAACGGCCAGAGACGAUUACUUUUCUUUUUAUGAUAUUUCCAUCAUAACAAUGGAUGACUUUGAUUAUCCAAACAAGCAAGAAGAACUAGACCGGUUAUACAAGGCGCUCUCAAAGAUUGAUUAUAUUGUGAAAGAUGAAGACGGAAAGCUGCCUAAAUACUGGCUACAUUACUUUAGAGAAUGGCUUGAAGGUUUGCAGAAAGCAUUCGAUGAGGAUUGGGAGAAAGGGACUAUCACUUCAAAAGGACCGGGUAAAAACGCGACUUAUGAAGGAAAGUUAGCCUACAAACUACUCUUGAGUAUUGUAGCAUCGAAUGGAACGUCACAGCUCACUAACGAAAAAUUGGUCGAGAACGGAAUCAUUCACCGACGCGGUUUUUAUAGUUUUCUCAGAGCAUGGUAUUAUAAGGAUCCGUUUGGUUAUGAAAAUUCAAUGAUGAAAAUGAAACCAACACCAAAACUCUUGGAGAAUGAAGAUGAAAGACCUCAUGGACGAGUUCGACCAGCUGAAAGGAUCAAAUAUGCUCGAAUUCCUUUCUAUAUAAAUGGUCUAAAGGAAACCGCUGAUUACAUCAAACUGAUCAAGCAAGUUCGCGAGAUUUGUGAUAGAUUUACCAACGAAGGACUUCCUAAUUAUCCUCGGGGCGUUCCUUUCACGUUUUGGGAACAAUAUAUUUGGCUUCGAGAGCAUUUGUUAAUUGCAGUCAUUGUUGUGUUGGUCGCGAGCUUUGUUAUAAUUUCAUCGAUUCUGGUAAAUAUCUGGGCUGGAACGAUUGUGGUUAUGUUUUUGGCAAUGACUACAGUUGAGGUGUUUGGUUUCCUGGGUCUUGCUGGAAUUAAACUCAGUGCUAUACCAGCAGUCACUCUGAUGCUCUCAGUUGGUAUUGGGGUGGAAUUCACUGUUCAUCUUUGCAUGGUAUUCGUUGCCUCAGUUGGAACAAGAAAUGAGAGGGUACAGCAAGCGUUAGAGGCCGUCUUUUCUCCCGUGGUCCAUGGCACUGUGUCGACCAUUUUGGGCGUCAUCAUGUUAGCCGGUUCGGAGUUUGAUUUUGUUGUAAAAUACUUUUUCCAAGUGUUGGCAGCUUUGAUUGUUUUGGGUUUUCUCAACGGCGCAAUUCUUCUGCCUGUCAUUCUAUCGCUCAUUGGACCAAAUCCAGAGAUUGUUCCACUACAAAAUCUCAACUCGACGCCAUGUACGAGAUCAUGGAUUGGUUUAACGCCUUUUGAUCGAAACACAUGCAGCUCUGUGACGAACUUAACCAACGAUUCACGAGGAAACUCCGGACUUCAUCAAGAUGAUACGAUAGAAACUGAAGACGUACAACUUCAAACUCUGGAUAAAUUUGACUCAAGAACUCGGAAGCUAAAACGGGAAGCUUCCGAUCACUUUGACUCGCAUUUUCAGAAGACGAAGAAAGAAGUGACGCCGAGACAAAUGUAUGGCAAAACCCUGCCCUCCUUAACUCAAAAACCUAAACUUGCUGGGUUAAAUGACGAUAAAAAUCGCUCUCGUGGCAUGGCUGAGGUAACUGCUACAGCUACAGUCACGGUGAAAUUACCUGUUGAACUAAAACAGGAGAGGACCCAGGAAACAUGCAAUAAUAAAGCAAUAAUACCUCGCUAUACCACGUCAAACCCUGACAUGGUGGAGGUCGUGGAUCUUGAAGACGAAUUCGUAUAAAGAUGUUGGGCUAAUACUUCGCGUUCGUCGAUUAUGAAAAUAUCAGUCAAAAAUACAAGCACGUGGUAAAUGAAACGUACGAUCAGGACUGGGGGCUCUGCCUUCGACGCCAAUGACGUCAUUAAUUGACACCUCUCUGAUCUUUAAAUUAUACGUGUAGUAUGACUGGCUAAAAGAUAUCAAUGUACCCGGGAUUACUUGGUUCUUUCAGGUAUCUUGGAUUGUACGAAGGGCAGCCGAUGUGGUCACGACUUAAUGGAAACUAAUAUUAAAUAUCGAAAAGCUUUGCACAUAAAUUAUAUACACAUUGGUGGUUAUAUCACAUCCAGUAAUAGUGUCCAGAGUGUGACCAUAUGUAUAUUUAUAACAAGAAAACGAACGUUUUUAUAUACACAGGAGAUAUAGAGAUAUUUAUUUAAAAAAAGACGUGCUAUAUCAUCCUUUAUAGCCUGAAAAAUAUACGAUUAACUAAAAGAUGAUCUGAUAUAUACAUAUAUAAAAUAAUUAAACCAAAUGGUUAACAUGCCCUACAUUCAUACCAAGCAGUUUUAGCUUAGAACGUAGUAACAGUGUAGAAGAAAUAAACCACAAAAUAUUUAAGCUUUCUACACUAUUAACCCCAAAUGACCGUAUUUUCGAUAAGGGGCUGGUUGUACGAAAGCUGCUGAUCGCGUUCUCCACCAUGUGUGCGUGUGUGUUGGUUACAAUUAUAGAAUACCCUGCCAAUAGUGCAUUAUGUUAAAGAUCUGUUAUAGAGGAUCAAUUUUAGAGUAUAGAAUUGCCCCGUUCUUUAAAAAUAGUGUUUAUUCUUGUUCUCUGGAAGUCUAAUUCAUGCAUUAAGAAACAUAAAACAAGGAACAUUUAUCUAUAAGACUAUAUGGCAUUCACUGUUAAGAGUUGGGUUGGCAGGGAAUUCUAUAAUUGCUCCCUUUCUUUCAAGGCGGAUAGCGCGUUAUCCUUCCUCCGUACAACAGCAACGGAUAUUUUAGUUAUCUCGAAAUACGUGUAAAAGCAUAUACUGUAUAUAUAAGAAGAGGAACGUUAGUAUACAAAGUAGUUUUCAUACGUAAUAAUAUUCUGUAUUUAUUCGGUUGUUACAAAGGCUCAGUUGUAUGAGGUUUUUAACAUUGUUGUACUACAUAUAUACUAAAAUUAUUGCGAGCACAUUUAUUAAAAGUUGAC